GAUACUUCGCGGCGAAUUCCCUACAACAGCUGUCGGAAAUUUGUUUUUCUUUAAUUUCUCCAAGUGCUUUCAAAUUUUUGUUUAAAAUAAAGUGCUAUACCCUCAAAAAAGUGUUUUUUAUUUGUGUAAUGCAAAUUAUAACAGUGGACGCAAAUUAAUAACAAACCAGUGUCUCCUUUACAAAAUGGCCGAUCCAAAUAAAUCAACCACGUUUAAUCUGCAAUUACCUACAAGCAAUACUGCUGGACAAAUGUUGGCGCCUGCCUUAUCUACGCCACAAAAACUGAACACAGGCUCUGCUACGGGGAAUCCACGUAAUAAAUGUGCGCUUAAGCCCGGUCACUCGUUAAUGGAUUGGAUACGUCUUGGUAAUUCGGGCGUAGAUUUAGCAGGUACACAUGGACGCGUAACUCCAGUUAGCAGCAAAGAAUUGGCGCGUCAUAAUACACGUGAAGAUGCCUGGAUGGCAAUACGCGGUAAAGUGUAUAAUGUGACGCGCUACAUGGACUUCCAUCCGGGUGGCGUCGAUGAGCUAAUGCGUGGCGUUGGACGUGAUGCUACUAAACUUUUCGACGAAGUACACGCCUGGGUAAAUUAUCAGCAAUUACUGAUCAAAUGUUAUAUUGGUCCACUACGUACAGUGGUAAAAAUGGAUUCCAUACCAGAGGGAAAAACGUCUCUGCCCAUAGUACCCACCGCUAACUUCGGUAAGCCACUACCAGUAAGCAAUAGUUCAGUGCCUGCUAAUAUCGAAGUAGUACCCCGCUUCGAUUGGAUACAGAAACGCUCAGAUAUUACAAUCUACAUUUAUACACGUCAGUUUUGUAAUCCUGGUUUAUUCGUGUGUCGCAAAUGUGCGAAAGUGCUGCAACUGCAGGUGCUUAUCGAACACGUUCAACACAUGUUCGAGCUGGAGUUGCAUGAAGAGGUCUUGUGGCCAGCGAAAUCUGUGCGUGUGGGUAGCGAAACAGGCAAAAUUGAAGUGACGCUCACAAAAGUAGAGCCCGCCUUGUGGCCCUCAUAUGGUGCACACACUCUUUCGAGGGGUGUAAUGAGUGAAGCUGAGGAUUCGCAGUAUGAAUAUGAAGUUCUCAAAUGUAGCGAUUUCAAUCACGAUUCUUUUGAAUUGUGUUUGCGCGGCACACCGGAUGUAGCGAUGGUGCUGCCCAUUGGUUAUCACGUGACAAUAGCUGCGCUAAUAAAUGGCGAAUUAAUACGUCGCAGUUAUACUCCCGUCUCUGGUAAAUUUUUGCAUCAACCGCUAACAGCUGACACUGACGCCAAUAGUACAAACUUAAAUUUCCUUAUUAAAAGUUACAACGAAGGUUCACUCUCCAAGCACUUACGCCAGCGGCAAGUCGGUCAGGUGUUACUACUUUCAGCACCACGCGGUAAUUUUCGCCUUCAACGUUUAGUGACGCAUCGCCAAAUCGCUCUUAUUGCCGCUGGCAGUGGUCUAACGCCUAUGCUGAACUUAAUCGAGCAUUUACUUAAACGAAAUGCAAAUCGCAUCGACUAUUUACGGUUAUUGUAUUUCAAUAAAACACCCGCCGACAUAUGGUGCCGCAGUGAGCUGGAACAGCUGCAAACCACCGAUGAGAGAUUCCAAUUAGUGAACGUACUCUCCGAGGCAGACGCCGAUUGGACGGGCUUACGUGGACGCAUCAGCAAUGAACUGCUCGCUCCGCUCAUGACGAAGAAUACACCAGAAUAUGCCAGUUUUGUGGCGAUUUGUGGACCCAGUGGUUUUAGUCGAGCCGCGGAGGAUAUUUUGAAAGAAUUGAAAUUUAAUUUGGAGAAUUUACACAUUUUUCAAGGUUGAAAGGAAGCGCAAGUGGAAAGUGGUAGACAAGGCAAAAGUGCAUGAUUAAGAGUGCAAAAUUAUUGAUUAUAUAUAUGUAUGUGUGUAUAUUUGUACUUAUUUGAAUGUUUUGUAACUUCGUGUAUUUUGUAAAUAAGUAAACAAAG